AUGGAAAAAGACAGUAGUUUUUGGAAGCGGAGUGGCGGCAAAAUCAAUGGUAAGUACUGUAACUUACAACAAUUUUAUUCACUUUCUGUCAGCUUUUGGUUUUAUUCAUGGUUCUUCUCCAUUUCUUUGUGGUUUUUGGUGGUUCUAGUCGGGCUUUUGUAAUGUUUUUGACGGAAAUUUUGUUUGACAGCCUCGAAUACAAAAGGAAACUUAUCUAAAGAUCAAGGAAAAUUAAUUUAAACAUGUUAUUUGGGGCUCGGAAGUCCAGUCUUUUGAUGAAUUAUUCGGUUAAUUGAGCGCCUGACUGACUAUUAUCCGUUUGCAGACUCAAAAUGCUAUAGGAUAAGGUUGUUUGGGGAAUUGUCAUGAGGUUUCGAUCAUCAUUGAAGUUGUUUUGAGGGACUGAAUGUUAGGAAUUUAUCUUUUAGGCAUCAAAAAAUUUUUUUGCAAUUGGAGAUAAGGUAUUGUAGAACAUGAAGAGAGGCGGUCAGAGAAAAAUCUGAAUUUCGCGCAGCAAAAAUAAAUAUUUUUGGAAAUUUUUUACUGUAAUUUUGCAAAGGAAUGCCAAUUUUUCGCGUAAAAAAUUGCAGAUUUUUUUUUCAUUUGGCAGCUUGAAGAGCCAAAUUCUAAAAAUCCGGCAAAUGUCUAUGGAAUUGGCAAUGUAUAUUUUUACCACGUUUCAUCCAGAUCUAACCCGCCAUUACCAAAACUUUUUGCGAUUUUUCUUCCCCCACAACACCUCUCCAUUUCAUUACUCAUAAAAACAGUAACUUUACAUCUAUAUUUUCCCCUCCCCGGAACCCCUGAGGCGCGUUGUCUGAGCUCUCAUUUUCCCCCAAAAUCAGCGGUUUGAAUCCAUUUUUUGUCGCUUUUGGUUUGAAAAUAUUUGAAAUCGAAAAAUAAAAACGAUUGACGGCAAAGAUACGACGCUCGGAAAGGUGAAAUAUAACUCUUGAUGGGGUCAGGGGAAGAAACUUUUCGUGCUUCCGAUGGUUAUCAUUACUUUGGCGGCCGUUUCACCGUUCUGUGGUUCUCUCUCCUCUUUUUUCGGGCUCAAGAUCUUCUUAAUUAGACGGUCAAGACGGAAAGUUUAAACCAAUGAUUUUCACUGUUCCAUAAUUUACCAUUUUUUAUAUUUUUUAUAUCAAAUUUGGAGAUGUAUAAUAUAACCAUGUGUAGAUCUUCGUAUUUUGGACUCGCUCGGCUUGACUACUCGCUAAAUAAGGAAUGUUUUUCGAUCUUUAGUAUCUCGACGUAACCAAGAAUCCGUUUGAAAAGAGCUCUUUUCUCAGAUCACCUAAAGCAAUAUAAGAAAAAAUACUUAUAAAUACAAACAAUGUUUGUCAUUGAAAUCCGAGAGUAAUGUUGAGGACAUUCCCCGAUCAUAAUUUUUCUAUCAAAGAACUACUUUUACUACUUAUUACUGCUUGUUUUUCCAUUUUUUUCGAAAAAAGUCUAUUUUUUAGUUCCGGAGGGGAUAUUACUUUUUCUGAUGAUUUGCAUUCUUAACAACAUCCUUAUUGUUCCAGGCGUCUUCUGGAAAUAUUUGGAUCAGCGACGGAAGGGAGCACGGCUACAAAACGUCUUCAGAAGCCUUCAUUCCAUCGUUCGGAUGCCGUUGAAAAAGCGAAAAAAUGAUCUCAACAGAGGCGAUUCAGAGGAGAAAUGUGAUGUCAUACGAGGGAAUGGACUGCUCAAGGUGGGAAACUGUCAAAAAAUCUUUUUUUAUAGUAAUUUUUCUUACACUUGGCCUCAAAAAAUUUUUUUGGAGGCUAAAAUAAUGUAAAACCCAAAGAAUUUUGAGGUUUUUCACACUUAAUCGUACCGUAUUAAAUGUGUAUGUCUUUCAGGAGAUUCUCAACUCUUGCCCAUACUCGGAGCACUCGAUGACUUUAACUCAACUGAAUGACGUCUAUCCCUUAUCGCGAAUCAAUUGUCAGGAUGCCCGAAAGAGUCCGGGGAUGAAUGACGUGAGCCAAUUUUUCUUUAUCAAUCUUGAAGUUUCAGUUUUAAUCUACACUAUAAAAUACAUACUUUUUUUGACAGUAACCCCAUUUUUAUAAUAUGCAAAAAAAGGAUGACAAAAAAUAAAUAAAAAAUAUCGUAUUUUAGGACGAGGUGACCUCGUUUCUGAUCGAGAAUGGACGAAAUCUAGUCCAGCCGCCAAAGAAGAAACUCUCCCAGAGGAUAAUUUUAUUCGUUCUACAAUUCCUGAACACAUUCCGACUACUUUUACUGCUCGCAGCACUUGUUUGUUUUCUGAUUUUCGUUUUGGAUACGACAAGAAGAAGGGAGAUGUUGAUGGCCAUCUUCUUAACGGCCAUUUUGGUCAUCAUGUGUGUGGCCAGCUAUGUUCAGCAAGGCAAUAUUAGCAGGGUAGGGGUUGAUAUUCUAUAGUUUUUGUGUUCUUUGAGAUUUCUAAUCUUCCAAUUGUCAAACAAUUCGCUCUAAUCAAUCUAUCCCCCUUUUCAGCAAAUCCGCGGCUUCCAAAGUAUCAUCCCGGGAGAAUGCACAGUGCAGAGACAAGGGCGCGAACUGCGAAUCCAGGCAAACGGAGUGGCCAGAGGGGACUUGGUGUGGCUGAGGAUAGGAGACAGAGUUCCAGCUGACUGUAGACUUCUUUACACCGACGAUCUUCGCGUCGAGACUUCAUGGGUGACUGGAGAAGUAGGUCUUUUAUUAUCCAUGAAUUCGAUCAAUUUCAACAUCUUUAAUAUGUUUUCUAUCAGGUUGAACCUCUCGAAUAUCACAGUGGCACCGCGGAGAAGAAGCAGAGUGUUUUCGAAUCGCAGAACGUCGUGUUUGCCGGCUGCUCGGUGACCUCGGGCGAGGGAUUGGGAUUAGUGAUCCGGACGGGGAACAAUGCGGUGAGUUUAGGUGUUUUGUGA